UUUUGUAAUAGACUAUACUGUAAGAGUUGUAGAGAGAGAGGGGGAUAGUGAGAGAGCAAGAAGAGGUAGGCGAAACGAAUCAUCUGACACUGAGUAUCAAGGAAACUACGAGGAGAAAAAAAGAAGGGAUGGGGAGACUUGGAUAACAACAGCAGAAAACAGCAAGAUCAAUUUGACCAACAGUGAAAUGAGUAUUAGGAUAGAACAGCCCUGCUAACAGCGGAGGAGUGAAUGACAUCCCCCAAAAUGUCGACGCUCCCUAGAGAACCCCAUGAGGACUCCAGGAUGCAGAGCUUCUGGAUGCCAGGGAACUAUGAGCGAACUGUCCGACGCACUGACCAGUCCUUCCAUGCAUGUAAAGAUAUCAUGGCCUGUUUCAAUGAGAGGGCCAAAGUAGAGAAGCAUUACGCCCAGCAGCUCAGUGAGUGGAGCAGCAAGUGGAAGGCCAUAGCAGACGCCCGACCGCUCUAUGGCUCCCUCAUGAGGGCGUGGCAGUGUUUCUUCUCCUCCGCUGAGCGUCUAUCCAUCCUCCAUUCCUCUAUCUCCCAGUCCCUCGUUACAGAGGAGGGGGACAGAGUAAAGAGCUGGCAGAAGGAGACCUUCCCUAAGAAGAUAUUCUGUGGAUUCCGUGAGACCUACAAAAAUGAGACAGAGUUUGCACGCGCUCAGAAACCCUGGGCCAAGAGGCUGGGAAAGCUGGAGAAAGCCCGCGGUGCAUACCAUAAGGCUUGCCGUAAGGAACAGAUUGCCAUAGACAGAGAGACGCAGGCCAAGGAGAACACAGAGCUGAGUCCUGAGAAACUGAAAAAGAUCCAAGACGCUCGGGAGAAGGCCAGGGAGGAGAAAGACAAAGUCCGCGAGAAAUAUGAGAAGGUGUUGGAGGAUGUAACGUCCUACGCUCCUCGCUACAUGGAGGAGAUGGAGGCCAUUUUUGACCAAUCGCAGGAGGAGGAGAGGAGGAGGAUCAGCUUCCUCAAACAGGCCUUCCUGUCCAUCCACAGACACCUGGACGUCACCAACAAUGAAAGUGUGAAGAUUGUGUACAGUGAGCUCCACCACACCCUCAUGUCUGUCAGUGAGACGGACGAUCUAAGGUGGUGGAAGAACAACCACGGCCCAGGCAUGCCCACUGACUGGCCAACGAUUGAGGAAUGGGUCCCACCUGUAAAGAUGCCGAAAAAUAAAAAAAGAGAGAAGAAAGGCAAGAAGGAUAAACCUGUGAUGAUUGGAGGAGUGAAGGUGCGAGCUCUGUAUAAUUACGUGGGAGAGGAAAGUGAUGAGCUGUCCUUUAAAGCAGGUGAGGUGUUCCUGAAGGUUGAGGAGGAGGACGACCAGGGGUGGUGCAGGGGGAUGCUGGACGGAGGGAUGGACGGCUUCUACCCUGCCAAUUAUGUUGAAGUUGUUGUGCAGUGAUGUCAUCCUGCCACUCUCAAAACUCUCAAGCGUUAUGUCAGCAACUUAUUUUAUGAAAUGUGCAUGCCUUCAUGGAAAAAUCCACUUUGGUGCAAAAUUACUUUGAAUUUUGAUUUGACUCUGAAAUUAGAAAAAAAUAAUCAUUAACAUAAAAUGUUAACGCCCACAAUGUUAUAAUCAUCAUGCUGAAAUGUGUAAUGUUACCAUACCUGAAAGCUGUAAGAUUAUGCGUAUUAUAGAUGAUUGAAGGACAUAUAGAAUUCUUAGUAAAUAAAGUCCUACAACUGGCAUUGGGUUGUAUUAGAAAAAUAAAAGUCCUAACUCUUUACUAA